UCCAUAAUCCAGAAGUUUGACAGAAAAAGUAAAGACCUGUGUUGUGGAUCAAGUUCAAAACCAGAACAGAAGAAAGAGGAAAUUGCUUCAAAAGGAACUUCAGAAGAAAAGCCUCCUGAGGAAGAACUAAGAAGGAAAAACAUGUGUUCAGAUAAUAAUGCUCCAGAAGAAAUUACAAACGAAACUACUAACCUAACGCAAGGCAGAAGAGGUGCAACAAAACAAAGGUUUAAAAAAUCCAUAUUUCCUGGAGAAUGUCCUGAGGACAAACAGUUACAAUCAAUGGCAGACAGAGAAGAAUGUCCUGAAGACAAACAGUUACAAUCAAUGGCAGACAGAGAAGAGGAAACUGCUUCAAAAGGUACUUUAGAAGAAAAGCCUCCUGAGGAAGAAAAUAUUUUUGUUUUAGAUAAUAAUGCUUCAGAAGAAAUUACAAACGAAAAUACGGACCUUAAGCAAGGCAGAAAAGCUGGGUCAAUUAUCAGUCAAGUCAAUGAAGUCUUUGGUGCAGUAAAACGAAGGUUUAAAAAAUCCAAAAUUUCUGGAGAAUGUCCUGGAGACAAACAGUUUCAAUCAAUGGCAGACAGAGAAGACCGCAUUCAAGAGUGUACUUUAAAAUUUCGGACCUGAAUGUCAGAGACUCAGACACUAAAAAUGGUGAAUUGGAGAUUCAGAAGACCUUGUGUUGAAUUUAUACUGUGAAUAAAAUCAGAAUAAAGUGAUUGUUUCAUUA